UUUGCCACCGUAACAAGGGUCGAUCUCGAGUCCCCUUCGGCGAACUGAAACCUUUGCCGAUUCCUCGGGCACCACGCCUCUCCAUUGCUAUGGACGUGACAGACCCGUUUCCCCGCGAUCGCCACGACCAUGACGGUAUUCUCACGGUCGUUGACYGUUUGAGCAAGUAUGCUCGCUUCCUUCCUUGCAAGUAUCAUGCUGCAGCACCUGAGCUCGCACGACUCUUGCACACCGGUUGGAUUACCAACCAGGGUGUUCCGGAAGAUAUAGUGAGCGACCGAGAUACUCGCUUCAUGUCGGCCUUUCGGACUUCUCUCAUGACUGAGUCCGGCACGACAAUGAAGCCGAGCUCGGCUCGGCACCCGCAGACGGAUGGUCAGACGGAGCGAGCGCACCAGACUGCUCAGAUGAUGUUGCGUACGCUCAUCCGUCCCGACCAGAAAGAUUGGGUUGACCGGCUUCCCGACAUCGAGUUCGCCUACAACACUUCGGUGCACCCAGCGAUCUGCGUCACACCUUUCGAGCUACAUCAUGGUGGAGAGAAAGCACGGAUCUUCGCUGAUCUCCUUUUGCCACAGGCUGCCGACACAGACGUCCCUUGCUCUCCCGCUUCCGUCCGGAAGUACCGGGACUUGCUGAUCAAAGCCCGCGCAAAUAUGCAAAAGGCUCAGAUCCGCAUGCAGCAGCAGGCUAACCGACGUCGACUUCCAUAUCCUUUCCGCGAGGGAGACCUUGUUUGGGUCCUCUCCGAGGAAUUUGCGCUCGAGCAGGAUGUUUCGCGCAAACUCCUUCCGAAAUGGUUCGGACCAUGGGAAGUCACUUCUGCCGUUGGAGACGACCCCGCAGGUCCUUCCUUCGUGAUCAACAUUCCACCGCACCUGACAGAGCAUCGGGUCUUCCACGCAUCGAAGCUGGCCAUCUACACGCCACCUUCAGCUGACGAGUUCCCUGGACGUCGAUCACAGGAUCCGCCUUCUAUGGACGGACAUCAGGAAGUUGACCGAGUCAUCACGCACCGCAAGUAUGGCAACAAGCCAAGGCAGUASAAAGUCRCAUUCAAGCAAUGUGCGYCUGAUGACACUCGGUGGAUCUCCAGUACAGAUUUGCAGACUUCUGCACCCCUCAUCUUCGCCGACUAUAAGAAGCGACGCCUUGCUAAGGACGCAGCUCGCCCUGCCCGACCCACCCCGGUAUCGGACAGACAACUUCGCCCUCGCAGGUAGCUCGGUCUUUUAAGAGGGGGAGUGUGUUACAUCUUCGACGCACACGGGUCCUACCGGACCCGACUUAGGGCCGGAGGGACACAUCAGGGCCUAAAGGCCCGACCUUGGGGUAUUAAAGGCCCUCAGGGCCUGAUCUUGGACCAGUACCCGACGGGGAGGCCCAAACGGCAUUAUCGUUUGGGCCUGGCGGCGCUCUUGAGGCUGCCGCCCGCCGGUUGGGGCUGAACCGUCCAUCUGGACGGUUCAGGGCAUGGCCAGGCCUCGCAGCAUUGAGGCCGGCCUCUGCCCCAC